AUGAGGGCGUCGUGGGUCUUUGCGCUCUUCAUCCUCCUAUGGGCGACCGCGGUUUGCGCGCGCGAUGUUGACCCGUACAAAAUACUCGACGUGUCGCGAAGGGCGAACGACGGAGAGAUCAAGAGGGCGUACAGGAAGCUGUCGCUGAGGUACCACCCCGACAAGCAGCAGGGGAAAAGCGCGGAAGAUGUGGAGAGGGCGCAGGACAGGUUCGUGAAGAUCCAGAAGGCGUACGAGGUUCUGUCCGAUGCGGAAAAACGGAGAAACUACGACAUGACGGG